AUGAGUGAGGGUUUGGAAAUGUUAUCACCAGAUGAGCUUGAGCUUAUCAAGCAACGCGCACUUCGUCGAUUUGAUUCGAUUGUUCCAACGGCUGGAAAAGAGGGUGCUGAAAUUGCGUCGGAUAUUUUCAAAGGUCGCACACUUGCCAUUUAUACAUCUGGUGGUGAUUCACAAGGAAUGAAUAGUGCUGUUAGAAGUAUCACAAGAAUGGCUAUUUAUUGUGGUUGCAAAGUUUAUUUGAUAUUUGAAGGUUAUGAAGGAAUGAUUGAGGGUGGAGAUUUUAUCAAGGAGGCUACUUGGAAUACUGUAUCAGAUAUUAUUCAACAGGUCAAUUUUUAGGGAUAUUGAAGUUGCUUUUGGCUGCCUGCUUCUAACGGUCUGCGAUUAGCGGUCUGCAUUUAACGGCCUGCGUUUAGCUGUCUAUUUCUAACGGUCUGCGAUAAGCUGCCUGCAUUUAACGGUCUGCGUUUAGCUCUUUGCUUCUAACGGUCUGUGUUUAGCUGUUUGCUUCUAACGGUCUGCGUAUAGCUUUCUAUUUCGAACGGUCUGCGAUUAGCGGUCUGCGUAUGGCUGUGUGCUUCUAACGGUUUGCAUUUAACGGUCUGCGAUUAGCGGUCUGCAUUUAACGGUCUGCGUUUAGCUGUCUAUUCUAACGGGCUGCGAUUAGCGGUUUGCAUUUAACGGUCUGCGCUUAGCUGUCCAUUUCUAACGGUCUGCAAUCAGCGCUCUGCACUUAACGGUCUGCGAUUAGCGAUGUGCAUUUAACGGUCUGCGUUUAGCUGUCUAUUUCUAACGGUCUGCGAUUAGCUGUAUGCUUCAAACGGUCUGCGUAGAAGAGUCUAUUGAAAUUUUAUGAAAAUUUCAAAUAUAUUUCGCGCCAAAAUAAUGUUCCCACUUAAAAAUAAUAACACAAUACAACUGAAAAUGAGCAUUCAAAAAACACCACGUGAAUUAAAGCUUUUUAUAAAAAUAUUCUCCAUAAAAGUGCAUUUUCAUAAGCACAUCUAUAAAUAGGCGUUUCUUAAAAAUGAAAUCAUUAGAUACCAAAGAACAUUUUUUAUCUGUCCCCUUUUUUUUCCAUAUCAACAAACUUGUGUAAAUAAGACAAUUGAAUUACCCAUUUUUUGCAGGGAGGAACAAUUAUUGGAUCGGCAAGAUCGGCUGCAUUCAGAACACGUGAAGGAAGAUUGAAGGCAGCUUAUAAUUUGUUGACUCGUGGAAUCGGUCGUUUGGUGUGUAUUGGUGGAGAUGGUUCGCUUACCGGUGCCAAUCAAUUCCGUUUGGAUUGGACUGAUUUGGUGAAAGAAUUGUUGGCUGGUGGACAAGUUACUGAAGCACAAGCCAAAAAGAUUCCAUAUAUCCAAAUUGUUGGUCUUGUCGGAUCAAUUGAUAAUGAUUUUUGUGGAACUGAUAUGACUAUUGGAACUGAUUCAGCACUUCAACGUAUCAUUAGCUCAAUUGAUGCUGUAGUCGCUACUGCACAAUCACAUCAAAGAGCUUUUAUUAUUGAAGUCAUGGGAAGACAUUGUGGUUAUUUGGCACUUGUUGCUGCUUUAGCUUCAGAAGCUGAUUUCUGCUUUAUUCCUGAAUGGCCAGCACCAGAAAAUUGGCGCGAUGUUUUAUGCGACAAAUUAAGUCAAAUGAGAUCUGAAGGUCAACGAUUGAACAUUGUUAUCGUUGCCGAGGGAGCUAUUGAUCGAGAUGGUAAACCAAUCACUGCUGAUGAUGUUAAAAAUGCUGUCAAAGAAAAAUUGAAGUACGACACAAGAGUCACUGUUUUGGGACAUGUUCAAAGAGGAGGUGCUCCAUCUGCUUUCGACAGACUUUUGGGAUGCAGAAUGGGAGCUGAAGCGGUGUUUGCAUUGAUGGAAAUGACUGAAACUGAUGAACCAUGUGUUAUUUCGAUUGAUGGUAAUACAAUGGUCCGUGUACCACUUUUGAAAUGUGUCGAACGCACUCAAGCUGUCCAAAAAGCUAUGGCUGAGAAGGAUUGGACAACUGCUGUCAUGCUUCGUGGACGUAGUUUCCAAAGAAAUUUGGAGACUUAUAAAUUGUUGACUAAAAUGAGAACUGUUGAAAAAGAUAAUCUUUCCGAAGGACAUAAAUUCAAUGUUGCUGUUAUCAAUGUUGGAGCUCCAGCUGGAGGUAAAACACUAUUUUUAAAAUAAAAAAAUCUUAUUUGAUGUUUUAGGUAUGAAUGCGGCUGUUCGAUCAUUUGUUAGAAUGGCUCUUUACCAUCAAUGCACAGUUUAUGGAAUUGAAGACAGUUUCGAAGGACUUGCAAAUGGUAUUUUCAAAAAAUUCAAAUGGUCUGAUGUCACCAAUUGGGCUAUGCAUGGUGGUUCAUUCCUUGGAACUCAAAAAUCUUUGCCAAACGCCAAGACUCUUCCAAAAAUUGCUGAACAACUCAAAAAACACAAUAUCCAAGCUCUUCUUCUUAUCGGAGGAUUCGAAGCGUAUCACAGUACUAUUAUCCUUGCUGAAAAUCGCGAUAAAUUCCCAGAACUUUGUAUUCCGAUGUGUGUUAUUCCGUGCACAAUUUCGAAUAAUGUUCCUGGAACUAUGGUUUCUUUGGGAUCUGACACUGCUUUGAAUGAGAUUUGUCAAAUGAUUGACAAGAUUAAACAAUCUGCGACUGGAACGAAGAGAAGAGUUUUUAUUGUUGAAACUAUGGGUGGAUUCUGUGGAUAUUUGGCAACUGUUUCUGCGUUGAGUUCUGGAGCUGAUAAUGCUUAUAUCUAUGAAGAACCUUUCACCGUCAAAGAUCUCACUGAUGAUGUUGAGGUAUGUCUUGACUCGCAAUAAAACUCUUGAUGAAAUUUCUAAUGUUUUCCAGGUUAUCUUGUCAAAAAUGGAAUACGGAGCCAAACGUUAUCUUGUCGUCCGUAAUGAAUGGGCUGACAAACACUUGACAACUGAAUUUGUUCAAAAUUUGUUCGAUUCAGAAGGAAAGAAUCAAUUCACCACUCGUGUUAAUGUUCUUGGACAUGUUCAACAAGGAGGUUCACCAACACCUUUUGAUAGAAAUAUGGGAACCAAGUUGGCUGCUAGAGCUUUGGAAUAUUUGUUGAUUCAACUUAAGGUGAGGGUUUUGGGAAUUCUGAAUGUGAGAAGAUUAGUUGGGAAAAUCUGAUGUCUGUUGAAUUUGGAACUAUUUUUUCGAAAUUUUUUGAUUCAAAAUUAUGAAGAUCUAAGAACGAACACUUUUCUUAUUCUAUGAUUUGUCAAUUUCAAUUUCAAUUUCAUUUCACAUUAGUUAAAAAAAUAGGGUGUCUUUUCUGGAAUUUCCGAAUUUCAGUUUUAAAAAGGCACAGUAUCACAAAACACUCCUUCAUCUCUUAAUUUUCCAGGAAAACUUGACCCACGAAAACAAAGUUGUCGCAAAAUCACCACACACUGCCACAUUGUUAGGAUUAAAAGGACGAAAAGUUGUGUUCACACCAGUUCAAGAUUUGAAAACCGACACUGAUUUCGAGCAUCGUUUACCAAACAAUCAAUGGUGGUUGGGUCUUCGCCCACUUCUUCGUGUUCUUUCUCGCCAUCGUACAACAAUUGAAGCUACCGCUGUUUUGGAAAGUAUUGAAGAAGAAGGUGUUGAUUCACAUAUUAUUUAA